ACAGGGCGUGGUUUCUCUGAAGGUGAUGAGCACUGCGGGGCAGUCUGAUACUUUAUCCAACCACUCCCUGCAAGUCCCGUCUCCCUCUCCAAUCCAUCACUUUCGAGUCAUUGUCCGAGACUCAGUCUGGAUGAAAUAAACGCACAACGGCACUAAAUCAACGGGGCAGGCGAUCCAGUCCUCAUAACUCUCUCCCGAGUCUAGUGUUCUUAAUUCAGACAUCCUCACCGGGAAAUUACGUUUUGUUAGCAGAAGGAAACCAAAAACUGAAACCCAGGGCAAGGCUGAAAGGAGAUAUGUCCAAGAUGGAGGUGAAAACGUCACUUCUUGACAAUAUGAUUGGGCUGGGGGACAUGGUGUUACUGGAGCCCCUCACUGAAGAAUCUUUCAUAGCGAACCUGAGAAAACGAUUCGACCACAACGAGAUAUACACCUACAUUGGCAGUGUGGUGAUAUCCAUCAACCCCUAUAGAUCUCUGCCCAUCUACACUCCCGAUAAGGUGGAGGAGUACCGCAACAGGAACUUCUAUGAGCUCAGCCCUCACAUUUACGCCUUGGCAGAUGAAGCCUACCGAUCCUUACGGGACCAGGACAAGGACCAGUGUAUCCUCAUCACAGGGGAGAGCGGUGCCGGGAAGACAGAGGCGAGUAAGCUGGUCAUGUCCUACGUUGCUGCAGUGUGUGGGAAGGGAGCAGAGGUGAACCAAAUCAAGGAGCAGCUCCUCCAGUCAAACCCGGUGCUUGAGGCUUUUGGAAACGCUAAGACCGUGAGGAACGACAACUCGUCUCGGUUUGGAAAAUACAUGGAUGUUGAAUUUGAUUUCAAAGGAGACCCGCUGGGCGGAGUUAUCAGCAACUAUCUUCUAGAGAAGUCCCGCGUCGUCAAACAGCCGAGAGGGGAGAGGAACUUCCACAUCUUCUAUCAGCUUCUGUCCGGGGCAUCGGAGGACAUGCUGAAGAAACUGAAGCUGGAGCGAGACUUCAGCAAGUACAACUACCUGAGCCUGGACUCUGCCACAGUGACCGGGGUGGACGACGCCGCAUCCUUCCGAACCGUGAGGAACGCCAUGCAGAUCGUGGGCUUCAUGGAUGACGAGACACAGUCUGUGCUGGAGCUGGUGGGAGCCGUGCUCAAACUGGGGAACAUCGAGUUCAAACCGGAGUCACGAGUCAACGACAUAGAUGAGAGCCGUGUCAAGGAUAAAAACGAACUGAAAGAGAUCUGUGAGCUGCUGGGGAUCGAGCAGUCUGUCCUGGAGAGAGCUUUCAGUUUCCGCACUGUGGAGGCCAAGCAGGAGAAGGUGUCCACUACUCUCAAUGUGGCCCAGGCAUAUUAUGCCCGAGAUGCCUUGGCUAAGAACCUGUACAGCCGUCUCUUCACCUGGCUCGUAAACCGAAUCAACGAAAGCAUUAAGGCACAGACGAAAAAGAGAAAGAAGGUCAUGGGGGUUCUGGACAUUUAUGGAUUUGAAAUUUUCGAGGAAAACAGUUUCGAGCAGUUCAUCAUUAACUACUGCAACGAGAAACUCCAGCAGAUCUUCAUUGAGCUUACGCUGAGGGAGGAACAGGAGGAAUACAUCCGAGAGGGUAUUGAAUGGACGCACAUUGAGUAUUUCAACAAUUCUGUCAUCUGUGACCUGAUUGAAAAUAACACCAAUGGGAUCAUGGCCAUGCUGGACGAGGAGUGUCUGCGUCCCGGGACGGUCACAGAUUCCACCUUCCUGGAGAAGCUCAAUCAGGUCUGCGCGGACCACCAGCACUUCGAGAGCCGCAUGAGCAAGAGCUCCAAGUUCCUCAACGACCACAGCCUGCCCCACAACUGCUUCCGCAUCCAGCACUACGCCGGCAAGGUGCUGUACCACGUGGAGGGCUUCAUGGAUAAGAAUAACGACCUCCUGUACCGGGACCUCUCCCAGGCCAUGUGGAAAGCCAAUCACAGCCUCAUUAAGAGCCUCUUCCCCGACGGAAACCCCGCCAAGAUCAACCUCAAGAGGCCCCCCACCGCCGGUUCCCAGUUCAAGACCUCGGUGGCAACGCUCAUGAAGAACCUGCAGACCAAAAAUCCCAACUACAUCAGGUGCAUCAAGCCCAACGACCAGAAAGCGUCCCACAUCUUCACAGAUUCGCUGGUGUGCCACCAGGUGCGUUACCUGGGCCUGAUGGAGAACGUGAGGGUGAGGAGGGCGGGCUAUGCUUUCCGCCAGCCCUACGAGGCCUGCCUGGAGCGCUACAAGAUGCUGUGCAAACAGACCUGGCCACACUGGAGGGGGCAAGCCAGGGAUGGUGUGGAGGUGCUCCUCAAAGACCUUCAGAUCCCAGCAGAGGAGUACUCCUACGGCAGGUCAAAGAUCUUCAUAAGAAAUCCCAGAACGCUCUUUUCCCUGGAGGAGCAGAGGAAGCGGCGCCUGCACGGGCUCGCCACACUCAUCCAGAAGAUCUUCCGCGGCUGGAAGACCCGCACCCGCUUCCUGCUGAUGAAGAGCAGCCAGGUCACUGUCGCUGCCUGGUACCGCAGAUACGCACAACAAAAGAAGUACAAGAAAACCAAGAGUUCUGCAGUGAUCGUCCAGUCUUUCAUUCGAGGCUGGAAGGCUCGCAAGAUCCUGCGGGAACUGAAGUACCAGAAGCGGUGUGAGGAGGCUGUGACAACUAUCGGAGCAUACUGGCACGGAACUCGGGCACGGAGGGAACUGAGGCGUCUGAAGGAGGAAGCCAGGAAUAAACACGCUGUCACUGUUAUUUGGGCUUCCUGGCAGGGGACGAAGGCACGGAGGGAACUGAGGCGUCUGAAGGAGGAAGCCAGGAAUAAACGCGCUGUCACUGUUAUUUGGGCUUCCUGGCAGGGAACGAAGGCCCGCAGGGAGCUGAAACGCUUAAAGGAAGAAGCCAGGUGUAAACACGCAGUCGAUGUCAUUUGGGCUUAUUGGCUUGGACUGAAGGUGCGACGGGAAUACAGGAAGUUCUUCCGGGCCCAUGCUGGCAAGAGGAUCUACGAGUUUACUAUCCAGAGAAUCAUGCAGAAGUACUUCCUGGAACUAAAGAAUAAGACACCCUCUAUGUCCCCCAGUGACAAGACCUGGCCAGCUAGACCCUACCUCUUCCUGGACUCCACCCAUAAGGAGCUGAGGAGAAUCUUCCACCUCUGGAGGUGCAAGAAGUACAGGGGCCAGUUCACAGACCAGAAGAAGGCAAUUUAUGAGGAGAAGCUGGAGGCUAGUGAGAUCUUUAAGGACAAGAAGGCCUUGUACCCCAGCAGCGUCGGUCAGCCAUUCCAAGGGGACUACCUGGAAAUCAACAAGAACCCCAGAUACCAGAAACUCAACAGCCUGGUGGAGGAGAAGAUCAUCUUCGCAGACGUUGUGAACAAAAUCAACAGGGCCAAUGGCAAGGCAACUCAGCGAAUCUUCCUGCUGACCAAGAACAAAUUCAUGCUGGCCGACCAGAAGUCGGGUCAUCAGAUCAAGUCCAGUGUACCACUGGCUGAGCUCACCAGUGUCUCCAUGAGCGCACAGAGUGAUGGGUUCUUUGCUCUGCGGGUCAAAGAGGGGACAACAGCAGCUGCCAAGGGGGAUUUCUUACUGAACAGCGAGCGGGUAAUUGAGAUCAUCACCAAACUGUACCGGGCAGGACUCAACCUGACCAAGGAGAAGAUUCAAAUCGAGAUAACGGAUGAGUUCCUGGUCCAGUUCAAGCAGGACAAAGUGUGCGUGAAGUUCAUCCAGACCAGCCCCAAGAACGGCACCACAGCCUCCUGCAAACGGAAAAACAAUCGGCUGCUGGAGGUGACCGUGCCAUCGCCAUAGCCUGCAGGGUGACGCCACUCGGGACUGUGUUUCCUAAUUACUGUGCAAUUUGUUUUUGUUGUUUUAAUUUCUUAUUUUUAUGUGGGCUGACGUUCGAAGAAGAAACACGACUGCACCAAGGCUUGAAGAUGAGGAAUGACCAUUUAACAAAAAAAAAGAAAAGAAAAAAAGUUGGCUGACUGCUGUCCGGUUUCAUUUUCCAGGUGUUUUUGCUCAGUUUGUUUCGAGCUUCCUUCAAAUGUAAAAAAAAAAAUAGAGGUGUGGAGGAGGGGUGAAAGGAGGCUGUUUUCUAAACCCGUAACCUCUGGUACUUUUGAAAGAGACAGGAUAUACACGGAGUUAGGCUUAAAGCUCCUAAUUCAGUAUCCAGUGUACCUCUUCCUGGGGUGGAAGUAAGACUCCCAUUGCAUAACAAUAAUCUAUUCCUGGUUUUGAUGUAGGUUUAAUAAGACACACCUGAGCUUGUUAGCUAUAAACUGGCUAAUCAAGCUUGUACUAAAACCUGGAAUGGGUGAAACUCUCAUGCAAUAGGAGUCUUAUUUCCAUCCCUGUCUUCACUGAUCAUGCCCACUAAAACAUUUAGGUUCUGCACAAUCCGUAUUCUUUCAGAAUAAAUCCAAGUCCCAGAAAUGUAAAAAAUGGAAAUAUACAAGGUGUUAAAAAUGACUUUGAAAAUAAAUAAGCAGGUUACACAGUGGUUAGGGAAAAUAUUACCUUGAAUGUCAGGCUUUCGCCUGUUGAGUGACACUGGGAGAUGCACAGUCACUCUGUGUGUGUAUGUGUGUGUAAUAUAUAUAUAUAUAUAUAUAUAUAUAUAUAUAUAUAUAUAUAUAUAUAUAUAUAUAUAUAUAAUUAGUCAGAUUAUCUACAGGUAAGCUGAAGAGGUUCAAUGUAAGAGAUGCCAUGUGAAUGAGAACCACCUUUAUCUCAGUGUAGUGAAAACCAAGGCACAAUUUAAUGGACCAUUAUGAAGCACUGGUUGUCUGCCAGCCGAAGAGCAACUAGAACAGGAUAGAUAAAGUAGUGAUUAGUGGGUUCCACCAUUGAAAACUGGUCCUGAAUGCCUUGCUUUGCUUGAGCACAGUUCAGUGUUAAAUAUAGAAUAUAACACACACACACACACACACACACACUGCACAAGGAAACUGAUGAUAAUCUGUGCCAAACAUCCUGAGAUCUAAAGCCACCUACCAACCAUACAUACUACAUCUGUAUUGAAAUACGCAUGCGCUUUAAUAAAAAUUAAAUAGUAAUAAUUUUGCAACAAUGAAAAAAAGAAAGGAUUUGUAAUUUGGUGAUUCUAGGGUCAUUGUAGAGAUAACGAUUAGUACAUCUUAAUCUUUGUAGUUUUAUUUUACAGACGGUUCUUGAGUCUCUUUUCUUUUUACUUCUCUGCUGGUCUGGGUGAACUCAUGGCAUUGUUGUAAUGAUAUUUACAUUACAACAAUCUUCUCCACAGCAUUGUUAUAAGCCUGUCAUUCCAGCACUAUCCAAAGUUAGAUUCGGUUAUUAGAGAUUCAAUUAACAUUCUUAGCCAGCACAAAUGUUUUUCCCUGAAAUAAAGGCAUUAUCUCUAAAUCUGGAAACAGUUUUGUUUUUGAAAAUAGCAGUUAAAGUCUAUGAACAAAGGAAUGUAUUUUCAGUUCAUGCCAUGCCAUGACAUGCAAAACUAAAGAAACACCCUAGAAUUACAUUUUAAUUAUGUUGUUGUUAUCCUUAUAGUGGCUUUUAAAAACUACCUACCUUGGGUAACUAGGUAUGUAAUGCUUAUGAUGCAUAAAAUGCCAAAAAACAAUCUGCUAUCUUUAUCGCAACUUUUUAUAUUAUUAUUUCUUGUUAUUUGGUACUUUUUAAAAUCUGCUGUAAACAUAGUGUUGCCAUAAUUAACAUUUAAUACAAGGGAAAGUCCAGCAAGCAAAUAUUUUGUCUAUAUUUUCAAACUGGUGUCCAGCUAUAAGAAACUAGAAGACCGACUCUUUGGCUAAUGCUGCUGAAUGAAGCAUUUGCCAAGCCAUUUAUCUACAUGGCUUUCCAGAAAUUGCAAUAGCUGUCAUAAUAAUAUUAAUGGCAGGGCCAUAGUUUUGAUCUAAUCCAUGCGCUAAUCACAAGCAUCCACCAUCUUCAAAGAACACUACUCCAAAGGUUACAGAUGGCUGAAGUAUUUGACUACUGGACCAUGCAUUCCCAAACUAUGUUCCCAAAUAAUUAUAUUUAUUUAUACCUUGGAAUAUGUCAAAUGCAAUCUGUCAGAUCUCCCAGUAAAACUCCUUUCUGUAGUGAGUUGUGUAAUUUAAUCUGAACCCUGUUCUUGGAGUGAGGGUUCUUUUCAUCCUAUAAACUGAUGAUUUACAAGCGACAUGCAUCUGAAUGGGUUCUGUAGAAAUGUGCUCAAUGUAUGCAGGUGCUCUUUAAUCCAGACUGUGUAAAGAAAAGGGGAUAUAUUUGACCCCUGUGUAUUUUUAAAUGAGAUGUCUUUACUGCUCGUACAUCAUGCAGCAUAUAAUUUAUCUUGUACAAAGGGGCAGUACAACCAAGCAAACAUGUAUGCCAUUGCCAACUGUGAUACUAUUUCUAUGUUGGAUGUACAGCACAUAAAGUUCUCUUUAACUGAA